AUGGGGCCGCGGCACCUGCUGCUGCUGCCGCUGCUCCUGCUCUCCCUGCAGCUCCUGGCCCUGCUGCUGCCGCUGCCCGCGCAGGCGGCCGGGCCCCCCCGCGCCAAGGGCAACCGGACCCAGGGGGCGGCGGCGGCACGGCGGACCCCCAAGCCGGGCAGGGAGCUCCUGAACCAGACGCUGGCGGGCCCGGGCGCCGCCGCCCCCACGGCGCUGCCCGGGCGCGGCAAGGGCGCGGGGGGCGGCAAGGCGGCCCCCGGAGGCGGGGGCUCGGCCCCGGCCCACGAGACGUGCUGGGGGUACUACGACGUGAGCGGGCAGUGGGACAAGGAGUUCGAGUGCAACAACAGCCUGACGGGCUUCCGCUACUGCUGCGGCACCUGCUUCUACCGCUUCUGCUGCAACAAGCGCGCCGAGAAGCUCAACCAGAGCCUGUGCCGCAACUACAAGAGCCCCGAGUGGGCCCACCCCACCACGGCCAGCGGCGCCCUGCCCGCCGACGGCGGCGACGGCGGCGACGGGGACGCCAACAAGUACGACCCGGACAAGGACAGCACCAACGCCACCGUGUACAUCUCGUGCGGGGCCAUCGCCUUCGUGCUCAUCGCCGGCGUCUUUGCCAAGGUGGCCUACGACAAGGCGCGGCGCCCGCCCCGGGAGAUGAACAUUCACAGGGCUCUGGCCGACAUCCUAAGGCAGCAGGGACCAAUCCCAAUCGGACACUGUGAAAGAGAGACAAUCUCGGCCAUAGAUACCUCCCCCAAAGAGAACACCCCAGUCAGGACCUCCUCCAAAAACCAGUACACACCAGUACGCACCUGCAAGAGCAACCCAGGUCACUAUGGGAAGGAUAUUUAUCGCAGUGGAGGGCCAGAUCUUCAUAAUUUCAUCUCCUCCGGCUUUGUCACGUUAGGAAGAGGACACACGAAGGAUGACCAAGAACAAAAUUAUAAUCACCUGAUACUAAACAGUGACAACCAGACACCUACACAUGACAAGCCACGAAUGAACAACAUCCUGACUUCAGCCACCGAGCCCUACGACCUGUCCUUCUCCCGCUCCUUCCAGAACCUCUCCCACCUCCCGCCCUCCUACGAGUCUGCUGUCAAGACCAACCCCAAUAAAUACUCAUCUCUCAAGAGACUCACUGACAAAGAGGCUGACGAGUACUACAUGAGGAGGAGACACCUGCCUGACCUGGCGGCCCGGGGCACGCUGCCCAUCAACGUCAUCAAAAUGUCCCAGCAGGGCAACCAGCGGGACAGGCCGCGCCGCCCCAUCAGGGCCAUGUCCCAGGACAGGGUGCUGUCCCCGGAGAGGAUCAUGCCCGAGGAGUUUAGCAUGUCCUACGAGCGGAUCUUGUCGGACGAGCAGCUGCUGUCGGCAGAGCGCCUGCACUCGCAGGACCCGCUGCUGUCCCCGGAGCGCUCGGCCUACCCCGAGCAGUCCAUGUCCAGGGCACUGUCACACACGGAUGUCUUUGUGUCAACACCGGUCUUGGAUCGCUACAGGAUGUCAAAAAUGCACUCCCAUCCCAGUGCCUCAAAUAACUUGUACAACACCUUGGGUAUGAACCCGACCUCGGCCAAGCGCCAAGCUUUCGCCUCGCGCCGGCACAACACGGUGGAGCAGCUGCAUUACAUCCCCGGGCACCACCACCACUACCGCACCGCCAGCAAAACCGAGGUGACUGUUUGACACGACCCAGCGCAUUGUAGAUACUCCUUAAGGACUGGGGUGGCCACAGCACCCCGUUCUGCAGUGGCCUUAUAGGCCAAGAUAACCUCUACUAACUCAGUGUCUGCAAAGACUUCUCUGGCAGUCCCACCCACGUUGUUUUUAAAGCCACCCCUCCAUCAGUGACGCAGGAAGAACUGAAGCGGCAGUCAGACACUAGUGAGGGAUGACAGAGUUAAUUUCCUGGCGUGCAUCAGUUUCUGUCAAAGAAAGCCAUAGUAAUCGAUGGCUCCUUCCAAGGGCUCACCUGCAUUACCCCAUAGUUUCCAUGAAUUCAGGACUUUUCUGUUGCUCCAAGGAGAAGCAGCCUGAGACAGGGAGGAGGAAAUACAGCCCCCCCACCAAUCCUGGCAGGAAGGGGCCUUGUUCUUGGCCCUCAUGUUUGGCCUUUCUGUAGCAAGUAGGGAAGUCCUGGCUGCUGGGGCCAGCCCCAGGCUGCUCCACACCCGUCAGCAACCACACAUCUGUUCUCUGUCAUCCUUGGAGCAAAUUCAAGGGCAGACUUUCGUUCGGGACUGACAGAUCUAGGGACAAGAAUAGCCUGGCUGAGAAAUAAAGUUUUAGUUUAUACUAAAUAUACUCAUAAGAUAAAAAAACAUACUAGUGCCUACAAAUCGCCUGCUCUCUCAGUGUAGGAAGUAGUGGGGUUGACGUGUUCAAUAAGCACAAAUAUGCUGAAACGCUUGUUAGACCCUUUUCUCCACUCAUUCUAGUAUCUUGGUGUCUCCAACAUGUAAAUAGGAAGGAGGAAGAGGGUUUCUCUUCCUCCAGCUUCUCGCCACUGCUGAACCUGAAGCAGCAGAACCCGUUCAGCUCCACAUUGCUGACCUGUGCUGGGGCAGGUCCCGACCCCACCGAGGCUGCCAUGCCUCUCACCGAGCCUGAAUUCUCCCCACAAGUUCUUUUCCCUAUAGCAUUUUCCAUGGCCCAGUUCCCCUGUUUCUGAGCAUUUUCUCCUCCCAUUCACAGCCUAGAAUCCAUAUGUAGCAAAUCUUUUUGCAGCCCUUAGUAGAGGCACAAGGCUGAGGGUGUCUGUUUACCGAAAAGCAGGUCGGUAACUUUCCGUGGUUCUCUCUCCCUGCAAUGGCCUCCCAAGAAAACCUUCCAAAUUCCAAUUCCACUGAGUCCCAAUCCUAACCAUGAAGACAGUUACAUUUCAUGCAUAUAAAUUAUAUAUCCAGCAUAAUUAUAAUUAAUGGGCAUGUUGUAUAUCUGAUAUAAUGCUAAUUAGAUACUGUAUAUUUGUAAAAUCUUUAAAACAUAGACUCGUGGGUCCAGAAUUUGAGAGGGUUUUACCUUUGGCUUUCCAGACAGAUUAGGCUUUGCUUUGUUUUUUUUGUUAGAUUUGGGUUUGAUUUUUCUUUUCAUUUUCUUUCCCCCCCUUUGAUUUGUGUUCCUACCAAGCUCUGUAGAACCGACUCCCACCAGAACACACUUCUGCAGCCAGGAAAGGGUCUCAGAGGGUUUGAAGGCCAGCCAGAGCUGGUGCUGGAGCUGUGGGUGCUGGACACUGUCCCCAGCGUGCCCUCGAGGCCCCAGCACAUGCACACACACCCCAUGGGUCAGGGCAGGCACGCUCCUUCUUCGGGGUGAGGUGAUGUCUGACUUCAGGCUGUGAGCACAUCCCUUGCACUUCUCUUCGUCUCCCAUGUCCCCACGCUGACUCUUUUCCUAAACAACUCUUCAUUAGGCAUCCUAAACCUUGCUGUGCCCUCCUCUCUCCCCUCUAAUACCUCCCACCUCCUGGCCUUAAUGACAUUCCCAGCCCAACUGUGCCAAGUCCUGUAGCAAACAAUGAUUGAGGGUCUGAGUCUCCUGUGGAGGCUCUGGUGCAGCACCAGCAUUGUCUGGUGCAGGGCAGGCAGGAGGAGCAUGUCCUUACCCCAGUGGGACACACAGGUGGGCCUCAGGGGGGUGUCCAGGUGGCCUUUCUCCUUCCCAGGCUGUCCUGGAGCUGGUCCUAUUUCCAGAGCUUUAUCCUGCCCCAUCUGAUGGAGACUGUGCUGAGAAGGACUCCAUCAGUCAGAGGUUACUGGGGCUUUGUUUGACGGAAACUGAGCUGGGAGGGAAUAAAUUAAAU